AUGCACUGGCACUCGGACGCCGUGUGCUACCUCCAGUACUCGAGCAACGGCCAGCUCCUGCUCUGCAUUGCUCAUGUCCUGACACUUGGAGUCGGGUCGUCGCGCCUACCUUCGUGGACCCGUCACCAAAGCGCUCGUGCUGAACGCCUCUUUAUGGGCACGGCCGGUCUCGAGGCCUCGCAGCAGUAUGACGCGCAUCUUCUCGCUGGCCACGCUGCUCGGCAGCCUGCUGUGUGCUCCAAGCCCAUCUACAACAGCCAGGGCAGCGUGGACGAGAAGACCAUCAACGGCCCCAGCUUCAUCGUCAACCUGGCCACGCACAUCAAGGCCAGCGCGUCGGACGACGGCGAGGACAAGGACAUCAUGCAGUUCCACAACUUCUUUUCAUCCUUCCUUUGGGCCAUGAGGGAUUUCGUGAACGAGGAUGGAGACCCCAUCUCCAGCAACGACCUACGUCGAGAGAGCGCUGGCCGACCAGUCACGCGUCACCGCCAACUUGAAGCACAACGGCAUUGGCGCAGGACUUCUUCUGGGACCGCGACUGCAUAA